AUGGCUCAAAGACCAUCGUUUCUGGAGCACGCCUCAGACAACAACAAUGCAAGCCAAAAAACGAGACCUAUGCUAAUUCCUCGACAGGUCUCUUCGGUUCACGUGGAAGGCCCUACAAGUGUCGUUGAAGAAACCUUCAGCAGCUCACACUCAUCGGAAUCGUAUAUUCCGACCGAAGAACACCCAUUGUCGCGUCACGAUGCAUAUCAUCCAGAGAGAAGCGAAGAAUCUGGGUUCAAAGUUGGAUCAAACAUUUCUCAACUUUCAGGAAUUGUGGGUGGCCCUUCUCAUAGCAAUGCGCAACGCAAACGGCCGUCAGUCCAGAAAAGAACCAGCUCUUACUCUAGAGGCUCAUUUGUUGGAAAGAACGGCAGUUUUAUCUCCACGUCUUUGGGUGACGAAUAUGGAAACUCAACAGAAUCCGGGUCAAACCCUGUCAUGGAACGUGUAACUACCACUAAGUUACGACCUACUAACGAAUCGGACAAGGAUCUUGCGGGAGCGGAUGCCAUUAUCAAUGACGAUGCCAACAAUGGAGAUAAUAGUUUUACCACCUCUGAUAAAGAAAUGACGGUCUCCAAUUCUGUACCGACAGUCACUUCGCAGCCCAUUAAGAUUUCGAAUGCACAACCAAUGGCCAAAACCCAUUCUUCGAAAUAUUUUCACGAGUUUGCUCAAGAAGACGAUUUUUUACAACAGUAUACUCCAUUCCACAACUCACCUACGUCCGUGUCGAAUUCUUACGGCACGAACAACACUUUAAACGACAUGAUGAUGAAGAAAUGCCAAAUGACGGAAGUCAAACCAGAACCAAAUUUAUCAGAAAUUCCAGAACUAGUGGAAAUUGCUAAUUUCCCAACAGAUCGUCUCUUAAAUAUGUUAACGGCCUUACUUGAUAAGAUUGUGCGAUCAAAUGAUCAACUGCACCGAGAUCGACCUCCUGAUGACGAGCUCACUGUGAAUGAAUACGAUGAAGGAACAAACGCUACAAGCUCUCAUUCCAAACCUCAGCUCGCCCGAACGUAUAGCAUGGGAAUGGGGGCGACCGCCGAAAUUCUAAGUUUCCGCGGCAAACAUGUGCCGGCUAUCACCUUACAGCAGUACUUCCAGCGAAUACAGAAGUAUUGCCCUACUACAAAUGAUGUUUUUUUGUCGUUGCUCGUGUAUUUUGAUAGAAUUGCCAAAGCAUGCAAUGAUGGUAAAGAUCAAGUGUUUGUGAUGGACUCUUAUAACAUUCAUCGAUUGAUCAUAUCCGCAGUGACCGUUAGCACUAAAUUCUUCAGCGAUUUUUUUUACAGCAAUUCACGGUACGCUAGAGUUGGUGGGAUUUCUUUAAAAGAACUGAAUCAUUUAGAGCUUCAGUUUUUAAUACUUUGUGAUUUUGAACUUAUAAUAAGCGUCGAGGAAUUGCAAAAGUAUGGGACUUUAUUGCGCGAUUUUUGGCAGCGAGAAAUGGGUGAUCCCGAAGGAGCACCUGGAGUUGUAUUAUAA